AUGUUCGCAGGCCUGGGGGCGGGGGGCAUGGCGGGCCCCCUGAGGGGCCGGGUGGAGGAGCUGAAGCGGCCCUGGUGGCGGGAGAGCUCGCCCCUGGUGCUGCAGCACAGCGAGGCGGCCCGGCUGGCAGCCGAUGCCCUCCUGGAGCGGGGCGAGGCUGCCUACCUGCGGGUCAUCUCUGAGGAGCGCGAGCUGCCCUUCCUCAGUGCCCUGGACGUGGAGUACAUGAGCAGCCAUGGACGGGGCGGCCCGGAGGUCAGCGACGGCCAGGGGCCAGAGGCCUCGGGCCCUGACCGGCUCAGCCUGCUCUCCGAAGUCACCUCAGGCACUUACUUCCCCAUGGCCUCCGACGUAGACCCCCCGGACCUGGACCUGGGCUGGCCCGAGGUCCCGCAGGCCACAGGCUUCAGCCCCACCCAAGCUGUGGUCCACUUCCAGCGGGAUAAAGCCAAGAACAUCAAGGACCUCCUGCGCUUCCUCUUCAGCCAGGCCCGCACGGUGGUGGCCGUGGUGAUGGAUGUGUUCACCGACAUGGACCUGCUGUGUGACCUCAUGGAGGCCUCGGGGCGGCGCGGGGUCCCUGUCUACCUGCUUCUGUCACAGGAGCACCUGAGACACUUCCUGGAGAUGUGCUACAAGAUGGACCUCAAUGGGGGCCACCUGCCGAACAUGAGAGUGCGGAGCACGUGUGGGGACACCUACUGCAGCAAGGCCGGCCGCCGCUUCACAGGGCAGGCCCUGGAGAAGUUCGUCCUCAUCGACUGUGAGCAGGUGGUGGCUGGUAGCUACAGCUUCACGUGGCUCUGCAGCCAGGCGCACACCAGCAUGAUGCUGCAGCUGCGGGGCCGCAUCGUGGAGGACUUCGACCGCGAGUUCCGCUGUCUGUACGCCGAGUCACGUCCCGUGGAGGGCUUCUGCGGCGGGGAGGACCCGCUGACCCCCCCUGCGCCCUGCCCGCCCCCGGUGGCGCUGCCCUUCGGACCGGGCAUCCCCAGCCCUACAUCCUCGCCGCCCUCCAGCACCAGCCUCAGCAGCGUCAAGCGCGCCCCGUUCAUGGGCCGCUCCUCUUACCUGGCUCUCCCGGGAGGCGGCGGCUGCAGUGACGGGGGCCCGGGGUCCUCAGCCCGGGGUCCUGCCCGCAGAGAGGCCAACGGCCAACCCUCCUUGCAGCGACAGCUGUCAGACCCCCCGGGGCCCUACCGAGCCAACCUGGGUAAGCUGGGGGCAUCCCCCUGGUCUCAAUCCUCCCCGGCCCUCAACCAGAGCAGUGCCAGCCCCCUGACCCUGGCCCUGGGGACACCUCUGCUCCCUCGCCCUCGCCCCCUCCUCCCCUUCUCCCGGGGCAUGCCGGUCCUGUCCCGGCUCCCGGAAAACGGGCUCCCGGGAAACCAGGGCCCCAGCCCGCCCCGGAGUCGCUGGGUACCUGGCCCAGCCCUGGAGACCGUGGACGAGAAGGUGUGUCUGAGCCAGAGCCACGGCCAGCUCGAUCUCCUCGUGCCCUUUCCCAGAGCCCAGGAGGCAGGAGGCCCUGAUUCUGGGGCUUCCCCUAACCUGGGCUCCUUCCGGCCUGGUGAGCAGGCCUCAGAGGAGAAGAGGGGGUGCCCCGGGCAGAGGUACAGCCAGCUGGACCUACUGCCCCUGGCCCAGGGGGCUGGAGACAGCCCUGAGUCAGGUUCCUCCCGAGCUGGAGACCAGACCCCCGAGGACAAGAGGUUGUCCCCAAAGCUCAGCCACGGCCACCUGGAUCUUCUGGCACCAUACCCCAAGGUUGCGGGCUCCAGAGUGCCCCCCGAAGCCAACAACUCCUCUGCCAGGGCCAGCAAGCAGGGCCCAGAUGAGCGCCGGCAGACCCUGGGCCACAGCCAGCUGGACCUGAUCACCAAGUUUGGCCCUUUCCGGGGCGAGGGCCCGGGGCCCAACGCUCUCCCCAGGCAAAGCCCUGCGCGCCAGGCCAGAGCGGGCUCCGCGGACGAGAAGCGGAUGACUCUGGGUCACAGCAAGCUGGACCUCAUCACUAAGUAUCACCAGCUGCAGGGGGCCAGGGUGGGGCCUGAGCCUGGCCUCCCCACGGCGGCCCCGGGGGGCCAUCGCAAUGGCAAUAGUAAUGGCCUAUUUGGGGACGAGAAGCGGCUGACGCUGGGCCACAGCAAGCUGGACCUCAUCACUAAGUACAACAAAUCCAAGUUUAAGCUGCUCCGGAGCCGCUUUGAGUCCUAA